AUGCGAGAUGAAGCCUAUCGAGCGGUGAUCGCUUCGAUUCUUCUCUCGAAUCCCGAUGACACCGAAAAGGAAAGCGCUCAUAUCACUCUUCUUCUCGCACAUCUUAGAAAGAUUUUCCAACUCGCAAUCCCAAGACACGAUCGUCUUGUACAAGAGUGCCUCAAAUUUAGAACCUACGUCCUCGAAACGACAAUUGCCGACAUUCCACCAACGAAAAACGUUUUGCUCAUCGUUGACAAUGGACGAAAAACGACUCAACACACACUCAAUGGAGGCGAAACGUAUGAAAUAGAUCUCGGUCCAUCACGGGAUGUCCAUUUCUAUUGUCAAGUCGUCAAGUUGAAUGGGCAAAAAGCAAAGGCGAUGCUCAGGAAAACUACACUUUUUCGAAGAAUGAUCCCCGAGCAGCAAGAAUUAGAGGAGAGAAUCUCGACACGAAGUCUGCCAUUGGAUGAGAGGAUUCGGCGAGCUUUCUCGGCUAAAGGCACAACAUAUCAUGCGGAUUUCCGGCUUACUAAGCAAAUGAGUGACUCUCCACUCCCAAAGAUCGAAUUCAGCGAUCUCGUCGAAUUCGUGCGAACUGUGCACGAGAACGAGGCGCCAAAUCAGAAACCCGUCUACUCCGGAGAGCUCCAAGAACGAUCAUUUUCCCUUCUUCACUUAACUUUCAUUUUCUACGAAAUGCAAGGAAUCUAUUUGAAGCUCAUCUCACUGUGCGUCUUCUUGGUGUGGGAUUCGUCUGUAGCCCCACUAGCAAUCGGCGUCCUUCCCUCAGCCAUUCAAACUCUCGAAAAUCACCAGGAACAACCCGAGAUUUGUCGAGUUUUUACGCACUGCAUUGAGUAUUUGUUCGACUGUGUCCUCGGGGUUAUCGACGAUCUUCUUGCUCCAGCACCAACAAGCGCCUCUCAGCAAGUUUUCCGCAAGCAAACGCGUCUCUUCCACGCGCACUCGAGUGGCAGUGAAGAUGGAGGACAUCGGAAACUCGAGAGGCAGAAAUCGAUUCAAUCCAGAUCCUCAGCCUCGAGUCCUUCAAGUAAACCCCGUACGUCAUCAAUGUUGUCGGCUCAAUCGCAAACGAGUACUCUGUUGACGACUCCGCAUGCUUCGUUGGAGAGACGGGUAUCCGAGAUGUCAACUCAUUCCUCGCAUUCCUCAAAACCAAUCAGUCCACCCAGUCCCGUUCUCACUCGACCCACUCAUUUAGCAUCGGGAAAUGGGACAACCCUGUUAAAUCCAUCGGUUGUUGAAAGGAAACGAUCGUUUUUAGGUUCGCCAAUUGCAAAAUGGCCGGGCCAAACAUUCGGUCGAACCAAGAAGCACAUUUUGGAGCGAUCGAUCUCUUAUCACACUCAUCCAAAACUCGAGCGAGUCCCCUCAACAAGAUCAGCUAAAGCAAUCGAAGAGCAUCGAUACAGAAACGAUCCGCCAAUGCAUGUGCCGACGUUGAAACGCAAAUCAGUGACCCUUUUGGAUAUGCAAGGCCUCGAUCUACCACUUCAUUUGCGAAUUUUCCCACCAAAUGAGGGCACACAAAUGCAGGAUUUCAAUCGAAUGAUGCUCCCAAUCGUUCGCAUUUGUGCUCUUUCGGUAUGGGAUUUUUCGGAAACUCAUGAUCCAGCCACUUAUCUCGCGAAUAAACUCAAAAUGCUUAUCGCAUUAGCCGUGCAGAAUUGGAUCCGCUAUGAUUUCGUGACUGAAUCCCAAGAUGUGCACACACUUUGCGCAGCCGUUCAACGAGUCGUCAAAGCAAUCUACUUCAAUCAACAACCGUAUUCGGUCUACUUUGAGCAAUUCUCGAUCAAUUAUUUGAAACUCGUCUUUGAGACUCUUGACUCACCGUUAGAAGGUCUUGUGCGAAAUGUGAUCGAAACGGCCACUUUUACCCUUAACUCUCGGGAUUUCAACGCGCUUGACAACUACAGUAAAAACACAAUGAAAACCUAUCGAGCGAUCAAAAAUUUGAGGAAAAUCGCGACAUCAAAAGGAAUCACGGUACCACUUUUGAGUCGUUUCGAGCAAUGGUUUUCCCCGUGUUUAGUCUUUUGGACAACAGCCUGGAGAGAAACUUCGUUGCUGAUGGUCUCUCGAACAGCGCCUCUAGACGAUGACGAUGGCGCAAAAUUUGUCGAUUCCGAGCGAAAACUCCCCACCGGACUCUACUCGUUUUUGUGCAUUCAGAAAGGGAUUUCGGAUGAUGUUCUAAUUUUGGAGUUGGAAAACCCGCAGCAUGCUCUGUUGGCAGCCGUAAAAAUGGUUCAGAUCUUCAGCGACAAUCUUGUUGCCUACUCGCGAAAGCUCUAUUCAGAGUCGAGGUGUGAUGUCGAGUGCAAAUGCCAAAAGGGUUCAAAAACAUGUCAAUGCCAUCGAUCGAUUCGUGCCGCGAAUGGAGUGGAUCACGCAUUUGAAUACAUUGAGCAGAAUUGGGUUCGAUUCGCGGAUUGGGAGAGAGUUCAAACGAUGAUCUCAAAAGGAGAAGCCGAGAAGAUCAAGUUGACGAUCGAGGCGAUAUUGAAGAGUUGCAGAGAGCAAUGCGAUUGCCUAGCCGAUCGAUUGAUUCAACGAAAUUAUGGAGAAAAAUGCUCGGAGACGGUUCGAUUAGCCAAGCAGCUGUGCCUUGACCGACACGAAUACACGAAGACUUUGGCCUCCUACGUUCGAGAUAGGAUUGACUCGUUUCACAACUCGGAAAUGAUCAUCAACGCUUUAGAGAAGCUGGUUGAAGUGAUCGAGAAAGAGUUUUAUCCAAGGAGAUCUUUAAAAAUUCUACACAAAAUGUGGAUUCUAUUCGAGACGGAGGUGGCCCGGAAUCUCAAAGAGUUCCAAGUGCACGAGUACUAUAAAAAUAUUUAUGUGGCUUUAAAAAUCAUUCGCGAACUGCUACAGGGCCCCAAGAAUCCGUCUCAAUUUUGUCGAAUCUUACACUUAAAAAGUCUCUCAACCGCAGAACUGAUCUUGGCCUAUUAUGUGGCGAUGGCUGAUAUGGAGGAUGAGACAGGAGAAGGAAGUACAAUCUGUAUACAAGCCGCUUUCAUUCGAGAGAGGAAUGAUGAAAGAAUCUCGCUUGUUAUUAAAGUUCGUGAAGCUCGUAUCCCUUGCCCACUCUCGUCCUCUCCUUGUCCUGCCUCACCAAAAGAGCUCUCAAUUCAGUUGGAUCUUCUCCCGAAAACGAUCUUCGUUGACGAGAAAUUCCCAGGAAUCACCACGAAAUUGGUGCCAAUUUCGGGAAAUCCCAAAUGGGGAGACGCUUUCCAAAUCUCAAUUUCUCACGAUAACUUUUUCACGAACGGAGCCGUUCUCUCGCUGUCUUUGCUUGAAAAGGACAAAAUCGGUUGCGAGAAAGUGGUCGGGAAAGCGUUUUUCGCGUUGAAUCAGAUGCGCGAGCUUUCGACGAGAACGACGACGAAACCGCUUUGUCGGCCGGUUCUUCCACUUCAAGCCGGGAAUAAUCUCGAGUUUUAUCAGGUUAUCCGAGAACGCGUCCUCUUCGACAAAGUGGCGCGUCUAUUUUGGAAACGAGAAAGAGCUCAAAAAGAUGUUCACAUAAAUCUCAAACAGUUGAGAGAAGUGCCCCGUCGAUGGGGUUCUCUUCGUCGCUUCAAAUCGGAGCGUUUCGGGAGUCCUCGGAUUUCAUUCAGUAUUUACCGACCGCAAAGAACCGUUUCAACAAUA